AUGAGAAGAUUGACCUCCUGCACAAUUUUCGCUAACUCUCAUUUCCCUCCAACAAUUCGUUUAUUCUGUUCAAGAACUCCAGGUUUUGGAUUAUCCCAAUCUUCAUGUGUUAGCAACAGCGAUAAGAAAGACUCUCCUCCAACUUUCGACAAUGGGUUUUUUUCACUUUCACCAUUGUUUCCGACUGCAAAUGCACGCUUGGAAGAAUGCAGGAUUGAGCUUGUGGAUAGUGAGGCCUGGAAGGUGUCAUCAGGCUUAGCGGAGGCGUGGAGGGGCAAUGUAGAGAAGCCGUCAAAGGUGAAGCCUUUACUUAGUGACGAGGAAGAGAUGGUGAAAUAUGCACCUCCAAAUAAGGAGGACCUUGAUUUUGAUGAAAUAGAGGAAAUGAGGAUCCGCGGGAACUUGUUUUAUAAGCUUGAUAAAGAUUCCAAAGAAUAUGAAGAGUAUAAGUUUGAUUUCCAUGGGAGGAAUAGAAAUAAAGGUAAUAAGAAGGUGAACGCAAUACAGAUGGAAAAGGCAAGUAGUGCUUCACCCUCUGGGAAUGAGAAAAGCUUGAAGUGCAUGGAGAAGUGGCAAGUAAGUAAGGAGAAGUUGGGCAAUGACACAAGCUUGGCUGUGGAGAGAUCUCUGCGUUUUGAUAAGAAUAAUGUCUCGGUUUCUUGGCUUCAUGAAUUUGAAGCUUCUGCGGUUGCAAAGACUAAAAGGUCUCAAACUUUCAAUCAGGCUACUGCAGCUUACCAUGAGCCUUUUUGUUUGCAUAUUUAUAUAUCUAAGGGUUCUGCACGUGCCAGCAUUAUCCAUCGGGCAACUAGCAAGGUUGUUGCUGUGGCACAUUCUAUUUCGAAGGACAUGAAAUUUGAGUUGAGUUCAACCAAGAAUAGAGCUGCUUGUGCUGCUGUUGGGGAAGUGCUAGCUCAAAGAGCCUUGGCUGAUGAUAUUCAUAAUGUGGUUUAUAUACCAAGGAAAGGGGAAAGAUUGGAGGGGAAAUUGCAGAUUGUAUUUCAGGCUAUUAUUGACGGUGGUAUUGAUGUUAAGGUGAAGUUAAAGCAGAGAAAAACCAGCAUCCUCCCACCAAAACCAUAG